AUGAGUUUACCUAUUCCUCCCCAGCCACUUGUUUGGAUCAACGGCUGGCCGGAGGCCGGAAAGCGGACACUAGCCCAGUGUCUGGUCCAUCUCCUUGGCCAAGACCGUGCUGUCCUCGCUGGAGAGAACGAGUAUGCCACCGAGUACGCAGCGUCUGGUCAGUCCAACAAGUCCGUUGGACGCAAAAGCAGCAAACCUGACCUUGGUAGCGAGUCCGAUCCCGUUUCCGAGAAGCAGGCCGCCUACUUCCGCAAGUACGUCGAAGACCCGCAAGCACUCAAACGCAUCGUGGUCUUUACCGACUUUCAGGCCGACAGCGUCAAAGGCAGAAGUAGAGCGCGCGCGUUCGAGGAAGCAGCACGUCGCACCGGACGACCUUUUGUGCCCGUUUACAUGGAGUGCGACCUGGAAGCCAACGUGCGGCGGUCGCAGGCGUCAGAGCGGCGCCACAGCCGGCCGGCCGUCAAAAUGCUCAGCGAGACAGAGCUACGGGAAUUGCGGAAGCCAGGGGUACAGCUGUACAAGUUCUCUUUCGAUGAGCAUCCGGGAGUCUGUGUCGACGUGACGAGCCGGGAGACCCACAACACAGCUAUGCGGAUCAUGGUCUCUGUGCGCGAGGCUGCUGAGAACCGACAGCAUGCAGCAGCCAGGGCUGUCGGUGGCUGA